AUGGUGGUGGGCGUGUUGGGCUUCCACCUGCUCUGGGCCUACCAGUCCCGGCAUCUCACGAAGUACCUGCUCCCACGCUGCACCAUUCUGGGGUACUGCGGCAUGGGUCUCAUCACGCUCAGCGGCAAGGGGCAUGCCAUCCACUUCCACCACCUGUAUGUUGGCCUGGCUCUGGCAAUGUGGGCGGAUGCAAAUCACAUGCUGUCCGCUGCCCUGCUGGCGAUUGGAGCGGGCAUCUUCUGCCAGGUGGGUGACUGA